AUGAACUGCAAAGUCUCCCGAGACACCCUCUACGAGGCGGUGCGGGAAGUCCUGCACAGUAACCAGUGCAAGCGCCAGAAGUUUUUGGAGACGGUGGAGCUUCAGAUCAGCCUGAAGAACUAUGACCCUCAGAAGGACAAACACUUCUCGGGCACUGUCAGGCUUAAGUCCACUCCCCUCCCCAAGUUCUCCAUAUGGGUUCUGGGGGACCAGCAGCAUUGUGAUGAGGCCAAGGCUGUGGAUAUCCACCACGUGGACAUAGAGGCUCUGAAGAAACUCAACAAGAAUAAGAAACUGGUCAAGAAGCUGGCCAAGAAGUAUGAUGCCUUUUUGGCUUCAGAGUCUCUGAUUAAGCAGAUCCUGAAUCUGGGCCCAGAUCUGAAUAAGGCUGGCAAGUUCCCUUCCCUGCUGACCCACAAUGAGAACAUGGUGGCCAAAGUUGAUGAAGUGAAGUCCACGGUCAAGUUCCAGAUGAAGAAGGUGCUGUGUCUGGCAGUGGCUGUUGGCCACAUGAAGAUGACAGAUGAUGAGCUUGUUGUGUAUAACAUCCACUUAGCUGUCAACUUCCUGGUGUCGUCGCUCAAGAAAAAUUGGCAGAGUGGUGGGACUUUGUACAUUAAGAGCACCAUGGGCAAGCCCCAGCGCCUGUACUAA